UUUAGUUGUGGAGGACAGAGUACAAGAACAUUUACAUAUAUCAUCUAACAAUCACAAUGAUGUAAACAAAAGACUUACAACAACAAAUGGAAUAUUUUGUCUCCAAGAAAUGAUUUUUCUUUCUUUAAGGAAACCAGAAUGAAAGACUGUUUGGAUUUCUGUUAGCGUCAAGAUAAGGAACAUUGUGUUUUGAAGCAGAAUUGGAGUUCACUGACUUUUUUCUUACCAGGGCAUGGACUGUACAUGUAUGGAGCUAGCACUGGAAGGUGAGAGGUUAUGUAAGGCAGGUGACUGUCGUACUGGUGUACAAUUCUUCGAGGCCGCAGUGAAUUCUGGGACAGAUGAUCUCAAGACCUUAUCUGCCAUAUACAGUCAGUUAGGAAAUGCUUAUUUUUAUUUACAAGAAUUUGGAAAAGCCCUCGAAUAUCACAAGCAUGAUCUCAACCUUGCCAGGACUCUGGGUGACAGAGUUGGUGAAGCUAAAGCAAGUGGUAACCUCGGUAACACAUUAAAAGUUCUCGGAAAAUUUGAUGAGGCUAUAGUCUGCUGUCUACGACAUUUGGAUUUAUCGAGGGAACUUAAAGACAGGAUUGGUGAGGCAAGAGCAUUAUAUAAUUUAGGAAAUGUUUAUCAUGCCAAGGGAAAACAUACGGGUAGAAGUGGGAACCAAGAUCCAGGUGAAUUCCCUCCUGAAGUUAAAGAUUGUCUUGUCAAAGCUGCUGAAUAUUAUGAGGCUAAUUUAAAUAUAGUGCAGGAAUUGGGUGACCGUGCUGCCCAAGGUCGUGCAUGUGGAAACCUGGGAAAUACUCAUUACCUUCUAGGCAACUUCAGCCAGGCCAUCAUCUAUCAUCAAGAGAGAUUGGCUAUAGCUCGUGAAUUUGGAGAUAAAGCCGCUGAGAGAAGAGCCUACAGUAAUCUUGGUAAUGCUCAUAUUUUCCUGGGAGAAUUUGAAGUGGCAGCAGAACAUUAUAGGAAAACAUUACAAAUAGCUAAACAGUUAGGGGAUAAAGCCCUAGAGGCACAGGCCUGCUACAGUUUAGGAAAUACUUACACAUUAUUAAAAGACUAUGAAAAAGCAAUAGAAUUUCAUAUGAAACAUUUAAAAAUAGCUCAAGAGCUAGAUGAUAGAGUGGGUGAAGGUCGGGCAUGUUGGAGUUUGGGUAAUGCCCACACGGCACUUGGGAGGAAUGAAGAAGCUAUACGCUAUGCCAGCAAACAUCUAGAAAUCUCAAAAGAGAUAGGAGAUGAGACUGGUCAAGUGACCGCACAGAUGAAUCUUGCUGACCUGAAGACUGUCCUUGGUAUAAGUUCUAGUACAGACACUGACCACCGUCCAAAUCUGCAUGACCAGUUAGAUUUAGGCAUGUAUCGUAGAACGGGUGUGUCAAGACGACACAGUAUGGAGAGGAUGGAGUUGAUGAAGCUUACACCAGACAAGAAAGGUGAACUUCCGCCGAGUCACGGAGGAGCCAGACCUAAAAUACCUAAAGUCCAAAAAUCUAUGACAGUUGCAUCAGAGACAAUUAUACCAAAGUCACAAAGUGUAGAGACAUUAUCACCAGAAGAUGAUGGCUUCUUUGACCUUCUCAGUAAGUUUCAAGGUCGCAGGAUUGAUGAACAGAGAUGUAGUCUCGUACCUGGUGAGAAAAAUGGCCUCGAAAAAUCUGAAAACAAAGAAAAUGAAGAAAGUAAACCAAAAAUGGCAUCAACACCCGACAGUGAAAACUUCUUAGACAUGAUUGCCGGUAUACAGGGUUCACGCAUGAACGAUCAGAGAGCAUCAUUACCCCAGUUUCCUGGACUCAAUUCUCAAGCUGUGAUUAACCAGUAUCUACGACAACGUAAUGUCCAAGAUGUUCCCGAUGAUAACUUCUUUGAAAUGUUGAUGCGAUGUCAAGGAGCAAGAAUUGAUGACCAAAGGAGUUCCUUGCCACACAACAGACAAGCCCCUACCGUUCCAGAUGAGGAUUUCUUUAGUUUAAUACAAAAAGUCCAGUCUAGUCGUCUAGAUGGACAGAGAACCUGUUUACCAGAUAAUGAAGAUGGUUUACCAGUCCAGCCUACUCCAGGGAAGAAAAAAAAGAAAUAGACUGUGUCAAUUUAUAAUACAUUGACUGGUUCUUAUUACAGAUAAACUUCUCUGUCUUAUUGUAUGACAGUACAGUAAACAUUAGCAGGUCAAAGAAGUUAAAUGAACAAAUCUUUGUUACAGAUUUGAAAUAGAAUGUGUCCCAUGUAGAUUUAGAUCUUCAAUGUCCAGCUUAAUAUGUUUUAAGUUAAAAGAGAUUUAUAGCAUGUCACAAAGUCAUCAGACUCAUCACUGUAGAUUCAGUGUAAACAAACUCAUUGUAUUUUAAUGUCAGUUUUGUUUCUUUACAUUUAACUAAGAACACAAGAGAACAGAUACACAACUUUUUUUUAAAAAAACAUGAUAUUUUCAUUGAUUUAACAGGCCUUUUUCAACACUUUUAGAAAACCACCAACAUCGUUUGAGUUCUAAAAAGGGCUAAAAUGGGAAUUUAACAAAACUAGACACAUAAUGAAAAAGAUCGCAAAAAACCAACAUUUACUGAAUAAACUAAAACUAUAAUUGCAUAAGUAGAGAAGAGCUUUAUGAUUAUUCACAAUUGUUUCUGUUUGGAUUGAAAUGUCAAUUUGUGUAAUGAUAUUUUACUGCAGCUUUUCCAUACUUAUACAUGCAAAAUUCAAAGUAUGAUUAAAAAAAUUAAAUGUUGAAAAAGUUAUAUGUCAAAAUUGUUUUUAAAAAAAAAUGAUACACAGUAUCGUACAAAAGAAAUGAAUCUCUGAUAAUUUUGUCUGCCUCUUAUUUUUCAUAUUUGUAUGAACUUUUUAGUUUCAUUACCGUAAUUAUUAUAUGAUGACUCAAAUAUGUUGCCAAAUUCAUUCUGUAAACAAAACAUACUGUUACUUUAACAGCAUUUAAAGUUGUAACAGAUUAUUUUCUCAUUUAUUGUCAUCAUAGGUCAUUUAUUGCUUUUCUAUAUAUUUUAUUUUUCUUACUAGCUUAUCGCACUGCAUUGAAGUGAUAUUUUAUAUAUAUAUACACACAAUUUUUGGUCAUACUUUCUGAAGGUUGAAGCUUUUUGAUUGGUUAGCCGUGUUUUAUUUGAAAUCAUGUUACUAUAUUUAGAUUAUGACAUCACUAUAUUUAGAUUCAUUGGUAUUUGAAUGAUUGUUGCUACGGUGAUCUCUGAUGUUUAUUCAGAUAUCUAAAUCACAUUUUGAGUUGAAUAUGAUUUAUUUUAAACAAGUUUUUUUUUUUUUUUUAAAUUUUAAAAUCUUGCAACUAUUUUGUUGUGAAAAACAAAAUGUUAAAAAUUGCAACAUACAAGUCACAUCUUUGUCUGAUUUUGAAGGCCUAAAAUAUACAUGAACUUUUAUUAAAUGCCAAACAAUUGCAGGUCAAAGUUCUAAUUAUGUACAAUGUAAGUAUUAAAGUAAGCUAGCCAUGUUGAAGGAUUAGGAAGUUAUUUUAACGGGUCAAUUAUAACUGAUGAUCUCAAACCAGUUCUGUUUUAGCACUAACUCUUCUUUGUUCAUGUUAACACACUUUUAAUACCCCCCACUGAAGGAUUACAUAUAGCUUUUGAAUGAUCUGUCUGUCUGUAUAUCUGCUUUUUGUCUGGUACAUAACUUAAUAAAUUCAAUUGUUGAUUAAUAAAUGAAUUUUUAUUAAACCUGAUAUUUUGUUUUAGAAGUAGUUAGAAAUGAAAGUGAAUUGAAAGAUGUGCAAUUUAGAACUUGUUGUAUUGUUAACAGAUGUGUGUGUGUUUUUUUUAAAUGAAUGUACAAACCAUGACUUGUUUUUAAUUUCAUGAAGCAUUUUCUACAAAAGAAUGCAUAAUAAGUAACAGUUAUACAGACUUGAAGCUUUUCUUUUCUGUUUAUGCAGUAUAUCAUUUAUAAUCAUAUAAAAUGUUUAGGUAGAAACUUUAUUUUCAUAAAUUGCUCAUUAAAUUUCUAAGAAAAUGGCCUACUGUAUGGCCUAGACUUGAACAUUUAACAUGAUGGGAAUUGGUAAAUGUGAUUGAUGAAAAAAAAUUUUUUUAUUUAGUGCAGAUAUCGUCAGAGACAUUGCAACAAGAUUUUAAAAUGAGCCACGCCAUAACAAAACCAACGUAAAGCGUUUGCAACCAGCAUAAAUCCAGACCAGCCUGGGCAUCUGCGCAGUCUGAUCAAGAUCCAUCCUGUUCGCUUACAAACCCUAUAACAAGUAAAGAAAAUGUUAGCGAACAGCAUGGAUCCUGAUCAGACUGCGGGAAUGCACAGGCUGGUCUGGAUCCAUGCUGGUCGCAAACGCAUUAUGUUGGUUUUGCCAUGGUGGCGGUCAAAUGUUUUAAAACAGCACGUUUCCAGACAAGUGUACAAAGUUUUUGAAGAAAUUUUUUUUCCAACAUCAGUAUGAGUUUCAGAUCAUUGUCUAUACUUGUGUUACUGUUCAAAACUCUUGACUAUUUAGGAGAAAGAAUGUGUACGGACCAAAUAGCUGAGUCUGUAAAGCCAUGGUACGGUAUUCCAAGGGUCCCGGGAAAAAGUCCUGGUCAGGCAGCACAUUUUUCUCACCAUGUACACAUGUAUGCAUAAAAUAACUGAACUUUACUUUUUGUAUCAUCAUAUAGGGUGAGGAUCGAUUUGUAAUUUAAGGGUCGCUGGUUUGAUCCUUGAGUGAGGGAAAUAUUUCUCCGUGACAAUGGAUCUUGAACAUACAGCCUUAAUUGUCACUUGUCUUUUACUGCUGAGUCAUUCAUCAUCAUAGAAGCCUCUCACUUGGUGACCAAUUGAUAUUUACUGUUUAGUUAUCUAUGAAAGCUGGUUAGGUGGAUGGACCACCAAGAUAUGAUAAAAAUAAUGCUUAUAAUAUCUGUCAUAUUUUGCGGUUCGGAUUGGAAAAUCCGUCCCGAGGUGACCCGCCCAUUGGGCGGUUACGAGGCUUGUCGAGUUACCGCCCAUGGGCGGGUGACCGAGGGACGGAUAUUCCGAUCUGAACCGCAAACAUAUGUCAGAUAUUUUUUCUUGCAUAUUCUACCAUAUUCCAUUAUAUUUUAAAUUCUUUAUCUUUAUUUUCAAUGAAAAUUUAUAUCAUUACAACCGUAACUACUUUCUUACAACAGUGUAUGAAUUACAAAAUCAUUCAUAACGGUAAAAUGACGUCAUCUUUUCCGUGCCACUGCACAGCACGCGACAUCUGGAACGCCCCAUGCCAGAUGAACUUUCCGGCAUGGGUAAAACUAACGGAAACGCCAGUCUGAUAUGCAAGAAAUUAAUAUCUUAAAAUAGGAAAAUGAUUCUGGAGACGUGCUGUUUUUAAAAUCUAAAAGUCUUUGAUCAGUUUUGACACUUAGCUGAAAAAUUCUACUUUUUAGUUUGCUUAUCCCUGAUACACUGUUAUAUGCAUUAGUUACAAUUGGUUGUGUAUUUAAACAUGUAGAGAAGAUUUCGUGCACUUAUCUACUGUAAAUACAAGUACAGUUUUAACAUUCUGUGUGUAGGCAAGUAGUUUGUUGUAUUUAGUUUUAUUUUAAUUAUAGAUUUACUCUGCCUGUAUCAGGAAUAAUUUGUGGCAGAAAUUUGAGUAAAUUUUAAUAUUUUUGUUCAAUAAAAAAACAGCUGAUUUUCAUACUAAGGAUUUAUUGUGUUCUAUCAUAUACAUUGUUUACAUUCAUUUUCAUCAUAAUGAACAUUAAUACUUGUUAUAUUUCUACUAUAGAAGCAUUAGUUUUACAAGAUCAAGUUUUAAGAGAAGCCAGUUUGUUUCCAGCUAGUUUGUAGCCAUCUUAUAUCCAGCUUGUAACAAGUUAGCUUGUUCCCUAGGUUGUUACCAGCUUAUGUCCAGCUAAUGUGUAGCCUGCUCUCGAUUGUUUCCAGCUAGGGUGUAGCCAGCUUAUUUUCAUCUAAUAUGUAGCCAAAUUGUUGCCAGCUAGCUGGUUUUGUGCUAGCUAGAUGUAUUUGAAUAUCAGUUCAGAGUAAAGAAUUAAACUUGUAGUGCAAUUGUGGUUUUCUAAAAUGUAGCUAGAUUAUUAAGAUCACUAUGAUAUAAAACACUCUGAAACUAUAAUUUUGUCAAAAUAUAUUUUAGUUAUUGAAACAAGAUAUAUUAAGGGAAUAAAAUGUUUUAAAAAAAGUGACAUUAUAUUUUAAAGGUUUAGCUAACAUUGUGUUAGGUAGGUUAUCAAUGUUUCAGUGUCUGUUUUAUGAUCACUACAAGAUAUACGUUUAUAAAACUUACCCGUAACAAACGUGGUUUAUUUUUCUUGAAAAUGAUCAAGAAAUGAUAUAAUAAGAUUACAAAUGCUUCUCAUAAAUCAUAACUUGAUAAUAUGCUGUAAAAUACCAUUUCUCUCAGACGGUGAGUUACUCAUUAUUCUAUCACAUUAUUGCAUUAUAUCAUGUCAUGUAUACAUGUUAGUCAUUUAUGUUAGAGUACUAGUAGUUUGCUGUUACACAGUGUCAUACAUCAAUACAGUUAUAUCUCUUACAAAAAUAUGAUUAUUUUGUGUCUGAAAUUAUUUUUUUUUUUACCGAUUUCUGAGAUAUUUAUAAGGGUUAAUAAAAGUAGUUAACUGUAACAUUAAUAAUGUAGAAUUUGUUUUUAAAAUAUAACUUAUUGUGCAUACAAAUUUAGAAUGAAUUUGAGUAAUAAAAAAAAUUCCAUCAAGGUUACAGUCAUUGACAAUUAUACUUAAGCGAUGCAAUAGAUAUUUCUGAAGUCGAUGAAUUGUUUGUGUAUUGUAAGAGGUGUAAGUGUAUUUAUGAAUGUGUCAGUAUGUGUGGCUUAUAUAGAAAAUGCUGUAUGUUUAUAAGUCAUUUGAUACAUUGAAUUAUUAUGCAUUGUCUAAAUUAAAUAAACAUCCAUAAUUGAUCUACAAACUAUCAAUGACAUGUUGACUCAAAAAUAAAGGAUACUGAAUUA